AUGACUAUCAAACAAAAAGUAUUAUUCUUAGAAAAACCAAAUGUUGAAGACCUCAAACAAUUCGAGGCCAAAUUUGACUGUAUAUAUUAUACUUUGUCAACUUUAGAGCAACUUCUUAUCGAUUUUCAAACCAGCCUUCAAGAUGUUGAAGCUAUAUAUUGUGGCUGGAAUGGGUUUGGUAUGUUUGGAGGGUUUAGAGGAAAAGUACUUGCUCACGCUCCUCAAAGCUUAAGAAUAGUUGCCACAUGUUCAGUUGGCUAUGAUGGGUUUGACAUUGAAAGAAUGUCAGAAAGAAACAUUGUUCUUACAAAUGUUCCGUCACCACUUGCCUUUGAAGCUGUUGCUGACUUAGCAUUAUAUAAUGCUAUUAAUAGUUUUAGAAACUUCAAGUUAUAUGCAGAAAAUCUUAGUAGCAACCAAUAUGGCCACUCAGGGGUUUCAAGAACAUCAAUGCUUCAUGGCAAUUUUGAUCAGAGUUCAGGAAAGGCAAUUGUCGAGCCAGUGGUUGGUCAUACGUACGGUUAUGCCUGUUGCAAAAGAGAUAAUUUAUCACCAAGAGGUCACAAUGCUGUAAUAGUUGGUUUUGGACAUAUUGGUGAACUCAUUGGAAGAAGAUUGGCAUGCAUCGGUAUGAAUGUUCAUUACGUUAAGCGAACCAGACUUUCUGAAUCCCAAGAAAAAUCUUUGGGGUAUGAAGUGACUUACCAUGAAAGCUUAGAAGAAACCAAAGAUAUUGCUGACCUAAUAAUUAUUGCUUGUCCCGGAACCCCUUCAACCAGACACAUGAUAAAUAAACAAUUAAUAAAUAGUAUGGGAAAGCCUUUUAGAAUAAUUAAUAUUGGAAGAGGGUUUGUCAUUGAUGAGGAUGCCUUGGUGGGAGGGUUAAAAAGUGGCAAAGUGUUGUUUGCUGGUUUAGAUGUAUUUGAAAAUGAGCCGACCAUACAUCCAGGCUUACUUGGUAGAGAUGAUGUUGUGUUGACACCUCACAUUGGCUCUGGAAUUGCCGAAAACUAUAGAUUUACCGCACUUACAAGUAUGAGAAAUAUUGAAACCAUACUUCGAGGAUAUGAUGAAGAAAUAAAUAGAGUAAACUAA